AUGAACACCACCAGAACUUUGGUUGGCUCUGACCAAGUCAUUGUGGCCUACUCAAAUGGUGAGAUCACCGCUGGAGAGAUUUCUCGUGCUUUAUUCUAUGUCAAUUGUCGCUUGUUGGCCAUGUGCCUGUAUGUGGACAAGAGCUUUGCCACUGCAAUGCCUGGAUAUGCAGAAACAUUCCACACCCUCAUGAAAUGGGAAGUGGAGACCUUUGUAUCACCUUUUAUCAACAUAUCCUUCCUUAGCAGGUGCUCCGCUGUCAUCCCAAAAUUGCUUCAAGAUGUGCUUGCAGUGAUGGUUGUACAUACAUUGGCAGACCGGCAACUGGAUGUGAAUGAGUUUCUGAAGGAUAUCAAGGCAUUGGCUCUCUCUGUGGAUUCUGCCAUAUCUGAUGAAUAUGACAUUGCACAUAUGCCAGAUUACUUCAAUGCCUGGUGGAAGGAAAACCUGGCCUCUUGCAGGGUGUCAGACAUGUUGCCAAAGUCAUGUGUCCAAGAUGUGAUGGAGUUGGUGAAGGGACAUUUUUCAGAACUUCCUGAUCAUGUGGAAACCGGCCAGCUUCCAUAUAUGCUUACCCAUGGCCCAGUUCUUAACCCGGAGACAAUCAGAUUGGCAUCUCUUGAGCAGUGCUGUCAGACAACAAUUGGCAGAGAGCUGUUGGAAAUAUUGCAGGAAAGAAUGACAAACUUUUUGCACUCCAGUAAUAGGUUGGCCGGAUUAGUUGGGCCUGUUGAUCAACUGACUAGGGCUGUGGCGUCCUCACAAUCACUCAUGGACCGGUUGAAUGUAGCUUAUGACUGGGCAUUAUACCAGACCUACCUUGCCAGUGAAUUGGUUUAUGACACCUUCAUGUCAAAAAUUCAUCAACAACUGGUAAACCAAAUGAGUGUUGGAUUGUUGGAUAUUGACACCUGUAUUACUUUGGAGCAGCUUGCCAAUGUCUUGGCCAUGGCUUACUGCAAUCCUGGAAGAAUCAUCAUCUGGUAUUUGCCUGAUGCAAUGACCAGUAUAAUAAUGACCAAUAUGCAUUGUGCCACAAAUUCCAUGGGUAAUUUGUUGAACAAUAGCAUCACAACCAGCAAGCCUACUGCAUGGAGGACACAUGCUUCAAAUUUCUAUCCAAGUCUGAAUGGAAAGAUCACCCCCGGUUGCAUCAAUACAUCACCAGCAUGGUUUCAGCAAGGAAGAGAGAAACAUGGUUUCCCAAAUCUCAAUCUGGGAGAUGGCUUCUCACCUGAAGUAUCAGCCUCAUUGAAAGGUGAUGUUGGUAGCAAUAUCACCACCUCCCUUCAAAGAUCCAGUAUCCUUGUCUCUGCUGCACUUUGGGUCAUGCACCCAGAUCUUUAUCAGGCUGGAAUCAAAACCCAAGUCAGGCUGGGCAAAUGGGCGACCCGUGUUCAAUGUGGUGUCAGUCAUUUGCAACCACCGGUGACCUGCACCAAACUGGUCCGGUGCAUGACCGUAUGGUGUUAG